AUACUCGUCUUCAUGGUGACUCUAUUCGCUGACAUUUGCUCGAACUUCGACGAUCUGUCGAUCGUCACGGACGACGGAUGCAUCUUCGCCGGUAUCGUCGUCGUGUUCGUCAAGGUGAUGAUCUUCCAAACUCGUCGCGAGCAGAUUGUACGAUUGCUUCGCGACACCAUCGAUAGCUGCGAUCGACUCUGCGAAUUUCUCAUUGGCGAAGACGAGAUCCUGGACAAGUACCUGCUGCUCUGCCGCGUGACCUUCUACGGGUUUAGCGUCCUGGGCUUCUUCCUCGUGAUCGCCCUGCUGUUCGUCGUGCCUGUGGAGAAAGGCGAGCUCCCGAUCAGGGCGCGCUAUCCCUUCGACACGACCGUGCACCCGUGGCACGAGGUCGGCUUCUUCGUCGAGGCCUGCACCGUCUCCGUCGGCGUGACCGCCAUCAUCGGGAUGGACAGUUUGCUCACCAGUCUGUGCACUCUGUUUCUCGUGCAGCUCGAGAUUUUGAACGCGCACUUCAAGAGCUGCGGCAGCGACGGCCGGCACGACGACGCGACGCCAGACGAGACAGAUAAGCGAGACAGUCCGGGCAUCACCGGUAGAAACGCUUGUUACGGGGUAUCUUCUACGACCAGCUGCGGAAAGGAUAAUUAUGAUCCGGAUGCGAUUCGCCGCGGCGGCGACGGCUUCGCCGAACGGUUCGGGCGAACCAUCCGCAACCAUCAACGUCUGCUCGCCAUAAUAGACGACUUCAACGAGGUCUUUAGCGCCGGCAUGUUCGUUCAGAUGCUUUCGAGCACCACGAUGAUUUGCCUAACCGGCUUCCAAGCCGCCUUGGUCAUAGGCCAGAGCUCCAACACCUGCAAGUUCGCGAUAUACCUGAUGGCGGCCCUUUCGCAGCUCUUCUACUUCUGUUGGCUAGGAAACGAAGUGAUGUACCAGAGCGCGUCGUUGACGCGAAGUCAGUGGCUUUCGAAAUGGGAUGACGAGCUUUCCAGCAAGACUGGACGUCUGCUAAUACUGUCUAUAAUAUUUUCGAAAAGAACGAUAAAUCUGAAAGCAGGUGUGUUCUACGUCUUAUCCAUGGAUACAUUCACCGCGGUGAGUACAUCUUCAAAAAAGAUGCAACGACGAUCCAUCGUAUCCUCAGACCGGUUGAAUAUCGCGUGAUACUUCUGCGUGAUGGAA